UUCAAGUUUCAACAAAACAAGUUGAUAUUUGAUAGAUAAUUUGCCCGGUUCACACGAGUUUCCAGUUUUUCACAAAAUAACAAAUCAUGACGAUCAUAAAAGUGGCAAAUGAGAGUGAGGUGAUCAGUAAGCUAAGUAUGUAUGUGGAGAAAAUAUCGAACGACGCUAUUUACAAUCGGGGAAAGUUUUACAUUGGGUUAUCAGGUGGGUCGGUGCUAAAGUUCCUCUGUGAAGGGCUACCGAAGGUCAACACAGUGUGGUCGAAAUGGACCCUGGCGUUCUGCGACGAGCGAGUAGUACCAGAAGAUAACGAGGACUCCACAUUCGGAGUUUACAAGAGGGAACUUAUACCUAAGACUGAAUUAAAAGAGGAGCAAUUUGUUGUAUUGAAACAGGGUGUCUCUGCUGAAGAAGCAGCAAAAGACUACACAGAAAAACUAAAAUCAGCCUUCAACAGUGAAGAAUUCAAAUUUGACUUGCUCCUCCUAGGCAUGGGUCCCGAUGGCCACACUUGCUCCCUGUUCCCGGGACAUCCACUGCUGGAGGAAACCAGCUUGAAGGUAGCGGCCAUCACAGACUCUCCAAAACCACCUCCAGCAAGGAUCACAUUGACAUUCCCUGUUAUAAACUCCGCAAGGAAUUGUAUUUUUGCCAUUAGUGGGGCAGGGAAGGCAGACAUGGUCAAGCGUAUCCUAAAGGAUAAGGAGGACCUGCCUUCAGCUCGCGUGAAGCCGCAAGGUGCGCUGUACUGGAUCGUCGACAACGCCGCCGCCGCGCACAUAUGAAUAAAGUUGCAGACCAAUAUUAGACUUAUGCCUGCAAUAAGAUUGACAUUAGGGUACACAGUCCAGAAAUUUGGUUUCUGUGCCAAUUUGUACCUUGUCACAGUGA